GCCGUGUCUGUUGAUGAUACAGGUCAACACCCAACACCAUUCCCUCUUGACUUGUUGACUCUCAUAUAAGGUGCAUUUACCAUUUCUAGAAGAGCUGAAGCCACCUUCAAAAAAUGGACAUCUUGCCAUUGAUCUUUCUUGCUGCCUUUUGCUGCCUUGGAAAUGCCACCAAGAAGCUCCAUGUGCAGACAGAUCCUUCCCUGGUGAAAGCUGCAGUGGGUGAUGAUGUUUUGCUGGAUUGCAGGUUUACCGUCAAUGCGACGACACUGGACCUCAGCCUUUUCUCAAUCUUGUGGUUUCACCGGGGCAAACAAUUGGCAGAGUUUGAUGACACAGUGACUGUGUUCAAGCAAGGAAUCAGCCUGAACAAGGAAGAGCUGGUGAAGGGCAAUGCUUCCCUGGCCAUCUCCCAGGUUUCAGCCGAAAACUCUGGCAAAUACAGAUGUUACGUCACAUAUUCACCAGAGGUUGUCAUCAGAGAAGUAACUUUGCAAGUUGAUGACCCCUUGCAGAAACAGGAGGAUGAUCUGGAAGAGGAUUCUUUUCUCUCCAGACCGUGUUUUGGCCGUUCGGAGAUCCUGAGCAAGCUGGAUCAGAUCACCAUAGCUUUGGAUCAACUCAUGGCAACCCUCCAGGAGUUUGUGAGCAGCAAGGCUGUCAACGGAUGCCGUUCUGACGUAGCCUCCCAGGAGCCCCUGGGCUAAUUCCGUUUCUUCUCUCCCAUGCAUUAAAAUGGAUUUCAGUCCCAUUUAGUUUCAAUCUUCCUGGGACCAUAGUACAUACCAUUAUGUUACAUAUAUAGGAUAGCUAAUAAACCAUUCUUGCUGUGCUGCAUUUCCUAGGAUUCUCAGCCUCUGAGUAAUAUAUCCAUUAAAUCUGCUUUGUAGUAGAUUAAAUAAAGAGUGUGUCCUGA